CUCUCUACGCUUCCGUUGGUUGUGUUGCUGUGUGUGUUGUUGUGUGUCUCGUUCUGUUACUAAUAAUAAUAACAAUUUUUAUUUUAAAAUAAAUUAUCGCCCAUCGCGGCGGCCGCGGGGGCCUGGCCUGGGCCUAAACCCCGUCGGAGCCUCCCGAUUUUCCUAGCGGCUUCCUGCCGGGCCGGUGUUGAGGGGCGGCGGCGGCGGCGGCGGCGUGGAUCGGAGCUCCCCCGUCGGUCAUCGCGAGGUCUUCGUCGUGCCCGGCGCUUACCUGGAGGGUGGCCAGGCGGGCGGAUUUGCGUGGCCGGGCCCUGCACACUCAAAGAGACGGCAGAGAUUUAUACAGAAUCGGGAGAUUUAUACAGAAUCGGGAGAUUCUAACAACAACAAAACAAUGUUAAGCCCGGAGAAAUCCGAUGAGCUAUAAAGCUCUUUUAAAAAAAAAAAGUUUCGUUGCAUAUUCCCGGUCGUGUCAACACCGCGGAGAGACAUGGAGGUGGACACGAGAGACGGGAUUGCGCUUCGGUAAUCCGGGGGGCCAACGCCACCGUUGAUCCCUCGCCAUCUGCCGCAGACGCCGCUGUCCGGGACGACGUGACGGACGACGUGACGGACGACGCGGCGGGCGCCUCCGCGCGAUCGCUCUCUCUCUCCCCGUCGCUCCCUCCGAGCCGCCUCUCCACGUUCACCGCGAGCACCGUGGGACGCCGCCACGCGCUAGCGCCAUGGCGACACUGGACGAUAAGCUGCUGGGAGAGAAGACGCAGUACUACUGCAGCAGCAGCAGCGGCAGCGAGGGGGAGGAGGAGGAGGAGGACAGUGCGGGGACCGGGCCGGCUGACGGGCCCCAGGGCGUGGGCCCCAACGUCUCCUGCCAGGGUCCCGCAAGCAACACUGCUGACCCUGAAGGACGACGACGACGCGGACGCGGACGACGACGCCGACGACGACGACGCGGCCUUCCUGAGCGAGUACCGCGAGCGGCGCAUGGCCGAGCUCCGCCGGCGCCUCUCGUCGGGCCCCCGCUACGGCGCCGUGACGGAGCUGCCGGGCGGCGAGGCGCUGCUGCGCGCCGUCGACGAGUCCCCCCCGCGCACGCCGGUGCUCGUGCACGUGUACGACGGCGCCGUGCCCGCCUGCGCCGCCCUCGACGGCUGCCUGCGCUGCCUGGCGCCGCGCUACCCGUCGGCGCGCGUGUGCCGCGUGCGAGCCGCCGCCGUGGCGGGCCUGAGCGCGGCGUUCGCGAGCCGCGCGCUGCCGGCGCUGCUGGUGUACCGCGGCGGCGAGCUGGUGGGCAACUUCGUGCGCCUCUCGGACCAGCUGGGCGACGACUUCUUCGCCGACGACCUCGAGGGCUUCCUGGGCGAGCACGGCCUCCUGCCCGAGAGGGACGGCGACGGCGACGGCGCCGGCGACGGCGCCGGCGGGGCGGGAUCGGACGGCUCGGGCCGCCGGCGCUCCGUCGCGGGGACCGCCGCCGCCGCCGCCGCCGCCGCGACCGCCUUCGGCGACGACUGCGUCCUGGACAUAGUCUAGCGGAGGCGGUGAUUCGCCGGCGCCUUGCCGGCCGUGGCGUGGCCGGUCCGCACGGGGGUCGCGUGUCUGCGCGCGUUCCCGUUGCGCCGUCGCGGUCCCUGCCGGUCGCGCCCCCUGCACCUCCGAUUGUCUCCGCGACCCGAAGUUCACCGGGCCGCCGUCACCUCGCGGCCCCGGCAUCCCCGGUGUCCGUGCGACUCUUGAUGGGCGUGGAGUCUGAUGAUCCCCACCAUAGUCCUGAGAUGUUUAUAGUCGCGAGCGAUCGCCGCGACGGCACGCUGUCCCACUUCCACCCCCCUCCUCCUCAUCCUCUCACUUGCGCCCGCUGGCUCGACAUGCGGUCGUUGAAGCGUCGGUCAGCUGGCCCAGAACCCGGUGACCGCACGCUGGAAUGGGGGGGGGGGUGGCAUGUGGUGCAACAGAGCGACGUGACUGGCGAGAUGUUAACUACCUUGCCUGGUAUGCAGGAGGUCGUGGGUUUAAUCCCGACCCUUAUGACGCCUGUGUAUACGGAGUUUGCAUGAUCUCCCCGUGGUUGCGUGGAUUUUUUUUUCCCCGGGUCCUGGAGACUUUUAAUUUUACCAGGUAAGGCCCACUGAGCUAUAAAGCUCUUUUUCAGAAGCGACCUGGCCACAAUU